UUUGGCGCUUGAAGAUGGGCGCGUCUGCAAUUUGUAUUUCUGUCUGACGCAGCUCGAAUCGUUUUAAGCUCGCUUUCUCUGCAGAUGUCUAUCAAAAUCACGAGAGCAUUCGAAAUCUACGAAAUUUGCAGUUUGGAUUGCUUCUUUUUCAUGGUACUUGAAUUUUUGAAAUGAGUUUUAAUAGUCCUUUCAUCUGAGGCGAAUCGGCCCUUCUCGUACUGCUGUUGAUCCAAUGCUUGCAUCCAAGGCCUUGCGUAGUUGUUCAUGGUGGAGCACUUGCUUAUCGCGUACAUAUGUUCCAGUUUCCCUUCUGAUAUCCAGCUCCAAAGCGUCAAGUUUAGAGGUGCCACUUGGUCUUGAGAACUUGCCAAACUUGAACAGCGUUGGUAGAUUUCAAACAUUUUGCUCCAGUUCUUUCUGGCUGGGUAUUGGUGAAAUGGAAAUGAGAAAUCACUUGAUUAAAGAGAGGAGGUGCAGCUCUUCCAACAGUGGCAAUGAGGAAUCCACAAGAGAGACAUUCCCACGGAGAAGCUAUUCAAGGGAAAAUUUUGAAGUAAACCUGUCAAAUCCAAGGAUCUCAUCGCUUGGUUGGAGUAGAGUAUUUGAUAGUGCUUGUGGUUGGCCGCAUUCACAAAACCGUCAAUAUGGCACACAAUGCAAUUACAAGGACACUGGAUAUCGAACAAAUAAGUUUUUAAGUGAUAUACCAAAAUUUGUCAAGAUUGUGGAAGUUGGGCCAAGGGAUGGAUUGCAAAAUGAGAAGAAUAUUGUACCUACAGCUGUAAAGAUUGAACUGAUCCAAAGAUUGGUUUCUUCUGGUUUGCCCGUUGUCGAGGCUACAAGCUUUGUUUCACCAAAAUGGGUACCACAGCUAGCAGAUGCAAAGGAUGUGAUGGAAGCAAUUCAAAACGUGGACGGUGUCAGAUUUCCUGUGUUAACGCCCAAUCUUAAAGGUUUUGAAGCGGCAGUAGCAGCUGGUGCAAAGGAAGUCGCCGUAUUUGCAUCUGCUUCAGAGUCCUUUUCUAGAUCAAACAUUAACUGUAGCAUUGAAGAGAGCCUCACUCGUUACCGUGAUGUUGCUCUUGCUGCCAGAAAGCUCUCUAUUCCUGUUCGUGGGUAUGUAUCAUGUGUUGCGGGCUGUCCUGUUGAAGGAGCAGUGCUCCCAUCAAAAGUGUCAUACGUUUCGAAAGCGCUUUAUGAUAUGGGCUGCUUUGAAAUCUCCCUUGGUGAUACAAUUGGAGUGGGUACUCCAGGCACCAUUGUUCCAAUGCUUGAAGCUGUGAUGGCUGUUGUCCCUGUUGAGAAGCUUGCUGUCCAUUUCCAUGAUACAUAUGGGCAAUCUCUUUCAAAUAUUCUCGUUUCCCUCCAAAUGGGAAUCAGCACUGUGGACUCGUCUGUUUCUGGCCUUGGAGGGUGCCCAUAUGCCAAGGGUGCCUCUGGCAAUGUGGCUACUGAGGACGUUGUGUAUAUGCUCCAUGGGCUCGGUGUAAAGACCAAUGUGGAUCUUGGCAAGCUCAUGUCGGCUGGAGACUUCAUCUGCAAGCAUUUGGGACGUCAGUCGGAUUCAAAAACAGCCACUGCUUUGAGCAGAACUAUGGUGAAUGCCUCCAAGUUAUAAAGGUAAUGUUAUUGGGCAAUCCUUCAUCUAGUAAUAGACUCAUGGAAAUAAAGAAAAAUCAAUGAUCUUCGCAGAAAGUAUUGCAAUGUGUGGAAAUCUCCGAAACAUGUUACAAUAAUGCAAAAAAAAAAAAAAAAGGAAA